AAAAACUUUAAUACUAAUACACAUACACAAUGCCAGCUCCAUACGAAAAAGGUUCCGAAGCUAAGGGUGCUACUUUAUUCAAGACCAGAUGUUUACAAUGUCACACCGUUGAACAAGGUGGUCCACACAAGGUUGGUCCAAACUUGCACGGUGUCUUCGGUAGACAAUCCGGUCAAGCUGCUGGUUACUCUUACACCGAUGCCAACAAGAAGAAGGGUGUUACUUGGACCGAACAAACCAUGUCUGACUACUUGGAAAACCCAAAGAAGUACAUUCCAGGUACCAAGAUGGCCUUCGGUGGUUUAAAGAAGCCAAAGGACAGAAACGAUUUGGUUACCUACUUGGCUUCUGCUACUAAAUAAGCUAACUUCAAUUAGAAUGUUCCCAAGGUUAGACGAGAAGGGGGGUGUUAUAACCCUUUUUUUUUAAAAGGUUUUAUUGAAUGGAUAGUUCAACUGUAUAUAUAAUUUUCAAUAAAUGAGAAAAAAAGGUCACUUUUGAAUACAUUGUAAUUUGUAAUAUCAUUCGGGGCAC